UACGUCCUCGAGCACCACGGCCACCUCCUCCCCUCCUUCCAGCUCGUCACGCACCAGCUGCAGCGCGCCAUCCGCUUCACGCAAGCAAAGAUCCGGUUCAACAACGGCUGGCUCGUGCAGGCCGAGGCGCCGCCCGCCGCCGUCUUCUCCCACUUCAAGGCCUGCAUCCGCUCCAACGCCAUCAACUCGGCCGACAUCGCCUUUUACUUUGCGCACUGGCUCACGGACCUAGCCGGGGCCGAGCCCACGCCGCUGCGCGGCUCGGAAAAGUUCUGCCUCCGCUUCCCGCACGGCGCGGGCCCGCCCUCCGCCCCCUCGCCCCCUCCGCCCCCUCCGCCCUCGCCCCCUCCGCCCUCGCCCCCUCGCCCCCUCCACCCCCUCCGCCCCCUCCGCCCCCUCCGCCCUCGCCCCCUCCGCCCCCUCCGCCCCCUCCGCCCCCUCCGCCCCCUCCGCCCUCGCCCCCUCCGCCCCCUCCGCCCCCUCGCCCCCUCGCCCCCUCGCCCCCUCGCCCCCUCGCCCCCUCGCCCCCUCGCCCGCCUCGCCCAGCAGAGCGAGACCGAGGUCUUCGAGGGGUACCUGAGGCAGCGCUGGAGGGACGCGCCGCGCGCGCUCGGCCCCGAGCCGCGCGGGCCGCACGCGGUCGCCCUCUGCCGCCUCAUCGUGCAGGCGCAGCACGAGGCUGCGCAGAAGGGCGUCUUCGAGGCCUUUUGGCGGCUGCAGGAGGCGGACCGCGCGGUGCUCGAGCUCGAGAUGGCGCAGACGGGGCUCCCGCAGCAGACCUACUCGCUCGCGCGCGGCUGCCCGAAGCUCGGCCCCGCCUUCCUCAUCUACUACUCGCCCGCGCUGCUGCAGACGCUCGGCGCAGAGCACGGCGAGGUGGCGCUGCGCAUCCUGGCGGAGAUCUACCGCCAGGCGCGCGCCAUCUGGCCCGACGACGGCGGAAGCGGCUCGGGCUGCAGCACGGUCACUUUGCGGAUCGAUGUCCUCAAGGACAGGACGGUGGAGGCGAUCCAGCAGGUCUACACGUACGGCGAGGGCUGGUUCCUGACCAAGCUCAACGACCAGGAGGGCGUCAUCGAGAAGCGAUCGCUCGGGGAGGGCGACGCGUCGCGCCACGGGUACGCGAGCGUCCAUCGGAGAUUACUGGAGCUCUGGCGCACAUUCAGGGACGAGUGA